GUCCUUAUUCCAUACAGCCAAAAUACAAAUUUCGUCGCACGGGCAGAAACCUUGAGCGAAAUCAAGAGGCAGUUUGGCCCAGAUCAACGGGGAGACUCUACUCAGCUACGUAGACGAGUAUCGCUUUGCGGUCUUGGUGGCACAUCUCCGGACAUCUCCGUGUUCUGGGUCCAUGCCAGCAAUAUCGAUCGCUUCCGUCAAUCGUAUGCUUCAAUCGCUGAAAAAUGCAACAUACCUGGACACGACGACCCGAAGGCCAACAUGCUGCUGCUCGUCAGUAACUGGCUGGAACAGCAGACCAUGAUGCGAUGGCUGAUGGUAAUCGAUAACGCUGAUGACAUGGACAUAUUCUGUCCAAAUCAGCUACAACAGGACGGUCCAGGCGAGAGUAGUCAAACAACAGCAGCUCUGACAAGCGGUAACCUAGCCCGUUAUAUACCAGACUGCAACCACGGAUCUGUUCUCAUUACGACUAGAGACAAGAAAGCAGGCGUCAGGCUAUGUCAAGGGUUACGUCCUAUUGAAGUUAAGAAGAUGACUGAUGAUGAAGCGUAUCAACUUUUGCAACUCAUAAUAAGUACUCAACAAAUCUCUAUGGAUCAGACAGUCCGUCUGCUCUCUAAGCUUGAGCAUCUACCGCUUGCCCUUGCACAAGCUGCUUCGUUUAUCCAGGAAAACGAUAUCUCGAUUGAUGACUAUGUUCAACUCCUAGACCAGAGCGAUUCUGCGUUUGUUGACCAGCUGAGCGAGUCAUUUGAAACAGUUGGGAGAGACUCAGAAACUCCCCAUGCAGUUACCGCAACUUGGAUUAUUUCGUUUGAACAAAUAAGGAGAAAAGAGGCAUUUGUAAGCGACAUUCUCUCUUUUCUAAGCUUUUUCCAUUUUCAGGCAAUUCCAAGAGUUUUUGUGGAACAUUAUUAUUACCAGCAGAGAUGCCAGGAACAAAGCAAGGGCGAUUCACCGGCGACAGCAGUACUUGUAACAGAACCAACAUUAGGUACACUUAAAGCCUUUUCCUUCAUUUCAGAAGGAGAGAAUAAAGGCUUAACCAUGCACCGGCUUGUGCAGCUCGUAACCCAAAAAUGGGUCAUCAACGAGAGUCAGGUGGCCAAGUUUGCUGAAUUUGCUAUGAAGACAAUGUCGGCUUAUUAUCCGCCUGUGGAUUUUUCAAAUCGCGAAAUAUGCAUGAGUUAUCUUCCCCAUGCAAAUUCGGUCUUAGAAAAAACUACACUAGGAUUAAAUAACGAUACGGACAUAGCUACGGCAGCACUUUUAAACAAAAUGUCGAAAUACUUCCACUUUAAAGGCCAAUGGAAAGAGGCAGAAAAUCUAACAGCACAUGCAACAAAGAUAUACAAGAGAACUAUAGGAGAAGAGCAUCCACGAACUCUUAUUUGUAUGACUAAUCUAUCAUCAACAUACAGUCGCCAAGGUCGAUGGAACGAGGCAGAAGAUUUACAGAUGCAUUUAAGAGAUAUAUGCAUAAGAGAAUUGGGUGAUGAACACCCAACUACACUCCAACUUUUACUCGGCCUUUCAAAUACAUAUCGACGGCAAAGUCGAUGGAGAGAAUCAGAAGGCCUAGCGGUUAGAGUAUUGAAGACGUGCAAAAAAUUGGUGGGACACGACCAUUACAUGACUUUCACCCUUCUGGGCAACUCUUCCCUUGCCCUAGCAGGCUUGGGCAGAAUGGGCGAGGCUAUAGCGUUGAGGGCGGAAUGCGUUGCUGGUUUGGAAAAGACAUUGGGGCGAGACGAUCCAGACACGAAAUUAUUCGCGGAGAUUUUGGAGCGGUGGCGGGAAAGCGUUGAGGACUCGUCUGAACAGGUCAGAUAG